UUGCCGUUGCAGGAGGUGACAUGGGGCUCGAUCAAUGUGAUGGAAGCGGAGCGGCGGCUGUUGGCUAACGCGCUGCUCGACUUCUCCAACCAACGCUUCGUACUCCUCUCCGAAACAUGCGUUCCCCUUUUCGACUUCGCCACUGUCUACGCCUAUCUCAUCAACUCCUCCCUCACCUUCAUCGAUGCCUACGACGACGCCGGCGUCAGCGUCCGAGGACGGUACCGGCUCCCCAUGCCGCGCAUCCAGCUCCAGCAAUGGCGCAAAGGGUCGCAGUGGUUCGCGAUGGACCGCAGUUUGGCCCUCGAUGUAGUCUCCGACGAAGACUACUUUCCCCUGUUUCAGAAGUAUUGUAGGCCGCUGUGCACCGCCGACGAGCACUACGUUCAAACGCUGGUGAGCGUGAGGAACUACUGGAGCAGGAACGCGAACAGGACCUUAACUUGGACGGACUGGUCCCGGGGCGGGGUGCACCCGGCAAAAUUUGGCCGGGACCAGAUCAACGUGGAGCUGCUUCAGAGGAUGAGAAACGGGAGCAGUUGCAGCUACAACGGCAUGAACACGAGUGUUUGCUUCCUGUUCGCCAGGAAAUUCUUACCGAAUACCGUAAGCAGUCUGGUGAGAUUAGCUCCAAAGCUGAUGGGGUUUGGUUAAA